GAGCCAAUUCUUGAAGAAAUUGUCGUGUUCUUGAGCGUAUACUAGUUCACUCAAAUCUACUCUUUGUGAGAGUUUUAUUCCUGAGUGUUUAAGUGUUUUCAUACACUUUAAGGGAGGUUGUUCCCUUGUUGUAAACUCGAAGGAAGUUCGUUGUUCCUUCGUGAGAAGUCUUGGAGUGUGGUUUAGGUGAAGGGCAAUCCACCACAAGGCCUCCGUUGUUUGACGGAACGAACUACACCUAUUGGAAGGAGCGGAUGAGGAUUUACAUCCAAUCCACCAACUUUCUCCUUUGGAGAAUUAUCAAGAAUGGUGAAGACGUGCCAAUGAAGAAGGUCGGGGAAACCAAUGUCCCUAAGACCGAGAACGAGUAUGAUGCACAAGACAUCAAGAAAGUGGAAAACAAUGCCAAGGCCAUCAAUAUCAUCUAUUGUGCCGUAAAUCCGGAUGACUACCGGAAGAUCUCUUGUUGCACCACCGCGAAGGAAAUGUGGGAUAAACUAGAAAUCACCUACGAAGGUACGGAUCAAGUCCGAGAAGCUAAAAUUGAUUUUCUAACCCAUGAAUAUGAAUUGUUUCGUAUGAAGGAGAAUGAGAAAAUCGAUGAGAUGUUUGAACGAUUCUCCAAAAUCGUAAAUGAUCUCCAUGCUCUCAAGAAGACGUACACGGACAAGGAGCUUGUGAGAAAAAUCCUGCGAAGUCUCACACCGGAGUGGCGCUCCAAAGCCGAUGCCAUCCAAGAGUCCAUUGGCAUCACCAACGUCACCAUUGACGGGCUUAGAGGAGGUCAAAGAAAAAGAUCCCGCACCGGCAAGAACGUGGCUUCUUCCUCGGCUCCUCCACCACCGGCGCACAAGUAUCUCGACGGGUCGUUCCUUUGGUUCAACGACCACGCAGAGGCGACGCGGUUCUCGGAGAAGUUCGAGCACCGGGAGAUUCUUCCUCCCCGGUUUUCCACCGAUCGAUUCAUCCACAGCGCCAUCCCUCGCCAGGCACGGGUCAUCCUCGAGAGUGGACGCUUCCUCGACCUCCUCUACAUCAAGAAGAACGACUACCACCCUACGGGAUCUCGGGCUCUACGUCGGAGAAGAAGGAGCACGGUUCAACGAGACUGCCCUCUUGGAGGAAGUGGGCAUCCGAAACUUCGUCCCCACUCCUCAACAGCGGCGUCCUACGAUUUCUUCCAUGAAUCCCGUGUAUCGUUUCAUCUUCUAUGUGUUGACACGGAUCCUCAAGCCCAGGAAGUUCAACCACACCGUACCACUCUCUCCCAAGAAGACACGAAGACGAUCCAUGCAAUGAUUCACAAUGCCAAUAUCAAUUGGUGUAAAUUUGUGAUGAUCCACAUGUUCAACGCCACCUCCGACAACCGGCCGCUCCCCUAUGCUCUUCUCGUCAUGGCGAUCCUUGAUGAGUACCACAUCAAGACGGUCGUCGGGCCGAAAUGCAAAGGGACGAAGCAUUGGGUGAUUGACGAGUCCUCCUUCCACCCGGGAACCGAUGAAGCUUCGUUCCCGCAGCCUCGUCCUCGUCGCCAACCGAGAGCUACUGCCUCGACUGCCACCGCUUCAACCAAUCUGUCUCUCGCCGAGCAAAUGGCGGCUUUGACCACUACCUUGUCUCGGAUAGACACCAACGUCUCCAAAACGACACACAACGUCGAUGUUUUGAGCCGUGAGCUUCACGGGUAUUUUGACUUUGUCAAUUACCCUUACGCUCAAAUGGUCCCCUACGUUCCUCCACCGAAUUUCGGAGGUGAACCAAGCGGGACUCAAAAUGUUGGUAGGGAUGACGCGGUGGACGUUGAAGAAGAAGAGGAAGAAGAAGCCGAUGAUGAUGAUGAUGAUGAUGAUGAUGAUGAUGGCGAUGGUGAUGAAGAUGGAGACGAUGAAGAAGAAGACAUUGACGAAGAACAACUUCUCAAUGAUCUUUCCCCGGUUUUCUAAGAGCUCUAGCUCUAUUUUUCUCCUCUUCCUUAUUUUAUCAUCUUUUUAUGUACUUUCGUUAUGAACUCCUCAACUUCCCUUAAUUAGUUAAUAAAAAUCUUUAUGUUUUUCUCUUUUCUUCAGUUCUUCGUUCUUUUCUUCUCUUUUUUCUUCUUCUUUCUUUUCACUUUUCUUCUUCUUUCAUCCCCCCCCCUUCGGAUUUGUCCCAUCACGUACCCAGUGAUUGGGAGCAGCGAAAUAGUGAGUCGGUGGUCGGAGGUGCCCAACGGUCAGAUCUGCUUCUCUUCCGACAUAGCCGACAUCGAUUCCAUAGAUCUACAAAACUUCCAUUACACCUAGCCUCGCCUCUCUCCGUCAAAACCUCGAAUACUAAACAGAUCUAGAAAAGAUCUACGAGGGAGGAGGGUUACGGAAGGGAUGGCGGCAAGAAGAAUCAGAGAGGUCAUCCGGUGGUGCCGGAGAUUUGGCGGCGGCGGCGAUGUUGGAGAGUUGUUAGUGGUGGCCAAGAAUUGCCGCUGGUGAUGUUGGCCAUUAUCGAUUGAAAGAUUAAACUUGCAGGGAGGGG